CCAUUACAGCUCGGAUUCCCAGCUUCGCCGUACAGCGCAGGCCCGAAGUAGCGCAGCCGCUCUGAGUCUUGAGAAGUUUCAGCGAUGGAGGAACACACUGUCCACCAGACAGAGCACAUGAGCACGAUCGAGGCUCACGCAGUGUCACAGCAGGUGCAGCAGGUCCAUGUAUCUACCUACACGGAGCACAGCAUGCUGAGCGCCGACGAAGACUCGCCCUCCUCUCCCGACGACGACGCCUAUGACGACUCAGACAUCCUCAACUCGGCUGGGACAGAUGAGGUCACGGCUCACCUUGCCGCUGCAGGUCCGGUUGGAAUGGCAGCUGCCGCCGCUGUGGCAACGGGGAAGAAACGCAAACGACCGCACAUAUUUGAGUCCAAUCCCUCCAUUCGUAAGAGACAGCAAACACGACUGCUGAGGAAACUGAGAGCUACACUGGAUGAGUAUACUACCAGAGUGGGCCAGCAGGCCAUUGUACUUUGCAUUUCACCUUCCAAACCAAACGCAGUCUUCAAAGUGUUUGGCGCUGCCCCGCUAGAGAAUGUGGUGAGGAAAUAUAAGAGUAUGAUCCUGGAGGACUUGGAGAAUGCUCUGGCUGAACAUGCGCCCCCUGGUGGUGAAUUGAGCUCAGAGCUCCCUCCCCUCACUAUCGACGGCAUCCCGGUGUCUGUGGACAAGAUGACACAGGCCCAGCUCCGUGCGUUCAUACCUGAGAUGCUGAAGUACUCCACAGGCCGAGGGAAGCCAGGUUGGGGGAAAGAGAGCUGUAAACCCAUCUGGUGGCCAGAGGACAUUCCCUGGGCCAAUGUCCGCAGUGAUGUCCGCACCGAGGAGCAGAAACAGAGGGUGUCAUGGACGCAGGCCCUGCGGACCAUCGUUAAGAAUUGCUACAAGCAGCAUGGGAGGGAGGACUUACUCUAUGCCUUUGAGGACCAGCAGGUCACCCAACAGCAGGUUGCCACGGCAGCAACCCACAGCAUCGCACACUUGGUUCCCUCUCAGACGGUGGUGCAGACCAUUAGCAACCCUGAUGGUACAGUCUCACUCAUACAGGUGGGCACUGGAGCAACGGUGGCUACCCUCACUGAUGCCUCAGAACUGCCAGGCACCGUUACAGUGGCCCAGGUCAACUAUUCCACCGUGGCUGACGGAGAGGUGGAGCAGAACUGGGCGUUACAGGGCGGGGAAAUGACUAUUCAGACAACACAAGCAUCCGAGGCCACGCAGGCCGUAGCAUCUCUCGCUGAGGCCGCUGUCGCCGCCGCUUCCCAGGAGAUGCAGCAGGCGGCAACCGUCACCAUGGCGCUAAACAGGUACACACAAGGGGAAGUGAAACAGAAUGAAGCCGCAGCACAUGCCGUAGCAACUCUGGCGGAGGCCACGCUGCAGGGAGGAGGGCAGAUUGUACUGGCAGGGGAGACGGCAGCCGCAGUGGGGGCCCUCACUGGCGUACAGGAUGCCAGCGGCCUGGUGCAGAUACCAGUCAGCAUGUACCAAACAGUGGUCACCAGCCUAGCCCAAGGGAGUCGACCUGUGCAGGUUGCCAUGGCUCCUGUUGCCACGCGCAUCGACAACACUGUAACACUGGAUGGACAGGCAGUAGAAGUGGUGACUUUGGAACAGUGACACAUUCCUCUCCUGUGAGUGUGUGGAAAACGAUGGUUAGACCCUCCUUGAAGGUGAUCCUUUGAGUGGAGCAGUCACCA